CGCUGGGAUCAGCGCGUGUGAGAAAGCCGAGCAGUGGCAGUUCGCCCUGAGGCUGCUCAGCGAGAUUUGGAAGGCGAAGCUGGAGCCCAGCGUCAUCAUUAUACCAUCUUUACAACGCUGGGAUCAGCGCGUGUGAAAAAGGCGCGCAGUGGCAGCGGGCGCUUUCGCUGCUCAGCGAGAUGUGGGAAGCGAAGUUGGAGCCCGAUUCAGUUACAACGCUGGGAUCAGCGCGUGUGAGAAAGGCGAGCAGUGGCAGCGGGCUUUGUCGCUGCUCAGCAAGAUGUGGAUGGCAAGGUUGACGCCCGACGUCAUCAGUUACAGCGCCGGAAUCAGCGCGUGCGAGAAAGGCGAGCAGUGGCAGCGGGCCCUGUCGCUGCUCGGGGAGAUGCGGGAGGCGCAGCAGGAUCCCGACGUCUUUCAGCUAUAACGCGGCAGUCAGCGCGUGUGAGAAGGGCGAGCAGUGGCAGCGGGCCUUGUCUCUGCUCAGCGAGAUGCGGGGUGCGAAGUUGAAGCCCGACGUCAUCCUCGGCUACAGCGCUUGGAUCAGCGCGUGUGGGAAGAGCGGGCGGUGGCAGCUGGCUCUUUCGGUGCUUCGCGGGAUGCAGGGGGCGAAGGUGGAGGCCGACGUCCUCAGCUACAACGCUGGAGUGAGCGCGUGCGAGAAGGGCGAGCAGUGGCAGCAGGCUCUGUCGCUGCUCGGCGAGAUGCGGGAGGCGCAGCUGGAGCCCAGCGUAAUCAGCUACAGCGCUGGGAUCAGCGCGUGCGAGAAAGUUGGACAUUGGCAGCAGGCAUUGUCGCUGCUCGUCGCGAUGCUGGAGGUGAAGUUAGAACCCGAUGCCAUCAGCUACAGCAGUGGAGUUACCGUGUGCGAGAAGUGCGGCAAAUGGGGGCUUGCUCUCUCGUUGCUCAGCGAGUUGUGGAGAAUGAAUCUAGAGUUGAGCGCCCCCAAUUUUAACAGUGGCAUCGGAGUGUACGAGAGGUCGUUGGGCAGCUGUGGUGGAUUCCCGGGUUUUUUGCGGAUCGGCAUCUCGUGCUUUCCAAAUUCUGGGGAUGCACCGUGCACGCGAGCAGCUCGUGAAACUAGUGGUGCGGUUAAGUAGGCUGGCGUAACGCAUGUAAGCCGACAAGUGUGGAUGCGCGCAGGAGAAUUCCCCGAAGACGUUACUGCAGUCGCAGCCGGCAGCGGUCAGCAUCAAGACUUGGAACAUCGCGGGCGAAAAAGGCUGGCAGUGGCAGGCAUUAUAUCGAGAGCCAAGGCGGAUCUCAAGAUUAUCAGCUGCGGCGCUGGUACCAGCACGUGCGAGGAAUGCGGGCAGUUUGCCGCAAAUCUCCUACGCCCGCUGGAUGUGGAAGAGCACGCACGCUUCUCUCUCUGCUGCCCACGCGGGCUUCGCGCCUGGUGUCGCGUAGACACCCCGCAGGUGAGGAGUGAUCAGCUCAACAGUCGCUCUCCACCAUCCUCCCUCUUCCUCCAUCUCCCCCUCCUCCU